AUGGUGCUAACAAGGGCUCAAGCUCGCGCCGCAGCCCAGGUACCCCAAGGAGAAGGGGCCCCGCUUGAGAUAGUGGAAGGAGUGGUGACUGAAGUACCCGACGCGGAGCAACUGGCAGUUGUUCCUUCUCUCGCUGAAGCUCAGAAUGCCCGCGUAGAGUAUCAGGUCACGAGGUUGGUCGACAACUUCUGGAGUGAGACGCAAAGACUCGCAGCCGAGACGACAAUGCUCCACACCAAUCAAGCCCUGCAAGCAGAAGAAUAUCGUGUAGCUCUUGCCGCUGUUCAUGACGAUGCUCGCAACAGCGCGGCGCAACUGGCGGCACACCAAGAAUGGAUCGAAGGUCAGAUUCAGCAAGCUCUCGAGCACACCAGGGAGACUUUGCAGCAGGAGCUUCGUGUCGUUGCAAAUGCGCAUGCUGCUGGAGAUGAUUCGACCCGAAGGAAAUAA